ACGCUAGUGUUCACCCAUGGUGCAGGUGGCACCCUCGCUGCGCCUGCCGUGGUGAAUUUCUGCACCGGGUAUUCCAGUUUGAGAGAUGUAUAUGCAUUUCAAGGGAGCAUGAAUCUGAAGUCCCGGGUUAGGGGAUUUCACGCUUGCGUCGAACAGCUUCGGAACCGCAAGUUGAUUACAGAGAAAGGGGAGUUAGAGUUGGUGUUGGGUGGCCGAAGUAUGGGGUCUCGCGCUGCCGUCAUUGCUGCAACGGAGACCAUAUCAUCCUGGAGAGAAGAGUCGGCAGGUAAAGAAGAUCAGAAAUUCUCACUAAUCUUAGUAUCGUAUCCACUUGUGGGUCCGAAGAACGAUAUUCGAGAUAAGAUAUUACUAGAUCUUCCACAAAAAGCUAGAGUAUUAUUUGUCAUCGGUGAGAGAGACAGUAUGUGUCCGCUCAGCAAACUCAGUGAGGUCAGGAAGAAGAUGGAAGCGGAGAGCUGGCUUGUUGUAAUCAAGGGUGCAGAUCACGGUAUGCACGUUAAACCAACCAAGGCAGAAAAAGCUUUGGGGGUGAUGGUGGGGAGAAUUGCGGCCGAGUGGGUUGGUGGGGAGAGACUGGCAAAGAAGAAAGAUGAGAAGGAGGUGGCGGUUGGGUGGGAUGGAGAAAGUGAAGAGGUCACGCAGGGUACAUGGGAG